AUGACCAUUUAUGAGAGAAUCGAGAUUAGGGAGUGCUUGCGCGAGUUGUAUACACACAAUAAUGACGCUCUGGCGCGGUAUCUCGGAGUCAAGAACUCGCCUGUGACGAUUAGAUUUAUUGUGAGACUGCCAAAGGAUGAAUAUAAAGAUAAACUGGAGGAAGAGUCUAAAAUAUAUGGGGAUAUUGUUAUUUUAAAUAUCACAGAGAACAUAGAUGAAGGAAAGACGUUUGAAUAUUUCAAAUGGUUUGCUAAGCAUAGGAAAGAUAAUUAUCUAGUCAAAAUCGAGGAUGUUACUUUCAUCCACCUUAUUCACUACUAUCGUGACAUUCAAGACUUACCGAGAAAACAUGCGUACUAUGGCGGUGUGUACUUUGGCGAUCUAAAUGAUGAUAGUACAUACUCGUAUAUGGGAGGUGCAGGAUACACACUCUCUCGCGACCUCGUUAUAGACAUUGUUGGUUCAAAAUGGGUUAGUUUAAAUGUCAAGGGUUAUGAGGACAUGCUAGUGGGUGAUUGGAUAUGUCAUGUGGCUAGAGAGAAGAAGUACUUUGUGCACUAUGUCGGCUUUUCAAGCUGGACAUCCAUCCGUCAAUAUCCUUUCCAUGACUUUAACGAGAAACUGGAUCUCCACUCCCUUAGAGAGACUAUCCUGAUCCAUAAUAUAAAUGGCAUCGGGGAGUGGAAUGCCAUAAAGGAUGUGUACACCAAAUAUGAAGAUGGAUUGCCAAUGCUCAGUGUUAUUCGGAAUUCAACGGCCAAAAGACUGGUUACAAAGAGGGAGAUUAUUCCAAAAUGCUGGGAGAAAGAACAAAUCUUGAAUAAAACUUUGAAGAAUACCUACAAGAACUGGUUCUAUGAAGAAUGGGGUUUUAAGGAAGGGAGGUGUUACGGAUAUGUGCCUGCGGAUACGUAA